GGCGGAGUAAGCGUGGUAACACACACAUAGUAACAGGCACAUUUCUAUGCAAAGAUCAUGCAACAUGCUUUUUUUUCUGUAUAAGAUAGAGUUUAACUUACAACGUCAUGCGCUUACAAAGUUAUUUCCCUCAAUAAUUUGUCUAUAUUUGAUAAUUUUUUUUAUGCUGGUCAAUAUAGAAACAGAAUUCAAUAAAAUUUCGUUAUUCGUGUAACUUGUUCAUCUGGAACUUUAUCAAAAAUUUCUCAUUGGUUUUGUUAUUACACCGAAGUCAUUUCAUUUGUUGUAUAUGACUAUUUUUUCAAACUUUUUUUUUCGUCUUUUUUUCUUUAUUUUUCUCUAUAGAGUAUGCAACUAGGAUUGCUUUCUCAUGGGCAUUUGGCAUUUGAUCCUUUUAAACCGAUCAUUCUAAGGGGUUUGCCGACAGAAGAUGCUUCAACUUUAUUUGCAGGCAAUGUCGUCUUAUCACUCUCAAAGUCAACUAAAAUAUCAAAUGUAUCUGUCACGCUUAAAAGUCAAAUAGUUACCUAUUGGCCAGAAGGCAUUGGCACACGUGGUACUAAAUUAACUGCCGAGAAAUCCUUGGGCGAACAAACAGUAGAGAUUUUAACCCCUGGAGCAAACAAAGAUUCUCUUUUAAUUUUACCAGCUGGAACACAUCGAUUUUCGUUUGCAUUCGUUAUCCCUAAUUCAACAGUAGCUACCAUUGAGGACACAUUUGGUAGGGUUCGUCAUACAGUAGAAGCAGAAGUGCAAAGACCUGGAAUCAUGAUGCUCUCGAGCUGGCGUGUUACUAAGCCAGUCAUGAUAUUGCGUACAUAUAUGUCUAAUUCACUCUUGACCAAUAAUUCUUUGGCUAAUUUAUCACGUACAUUUGAGAAACAUACUGUUUAUGGCGACAUUGAGGUUUUGAUUGAAGCAGCUGCAUUUUCCUCAGGUGAACUGUUUUAUAUCCGGUUAAUCAUUGAACCUCAACUCAAACAUACUCGCCUUGAACACAUGGAAGUCAGUGUGACCGAGACACGAAGAUAUUGUGUACCCGAAUUCAGAGCUUGGCGUAAUGAUCAAGUCACCUUUCCCAUGCCGUUUGCUGGAUCUGUGCGCCUGGCUGAAUUUGGCGAAGUAGACGUGACAACUGAACAACUAGCACCUAUCUUUGAUAAAAAUCAAAAUGGAAUUGAUCUGGUUCACGAUUUUGCACAUCGAUUGGCUUUCUUUGCGCCCACAUGCGAGCAAAAUAUUCAUCAUACCACUUACAUCAAGGAGAUCCAAUUCCGUCAUCGAUUAGAAAUCAACUUGACCUUGUCUUAUUUGGAUAAUGAAGGCAAUCGACAAUUUCUCAGUCGAAAUGGUAGUGCCAACAGCGUUGAAUCGAUAGGAUCGACACAGGUGCCCGAGCCAGUGAGGAUGGGUACUCUAACUCCUCCACCUGCCGCUCAUUUUCCUAAUGUCCGACUUGCCGGUUCACUCUCCCCUCCUCCUUCUCCUCGACGUAAUAAUCUGGCUCUACAAACCACCAAUGCCGUUUUUACUUCCGGUACACAACCAACAAACAACAAUAGUAAUGGUAGUUGGUCUGACAUGUUGUUACGGUUACAUAAGACAAAGACAGAGAAAGAUAAUGAUAAGAGCAAAGAAACAAUCAUGCUUGACACGCCCAUUACCGUGUUUGAUUGUCGUUUGAAAGAAGAUUAUGGAAAGUUGCCUUCUUAUUUUGAAUUAGGAGUUAAGCCUUCUUUGAAGACAGACAAAAAGUCAUCCAAGAUCAAAGUAACCACUACCACGAUGGACAAACCUAGUCAACCUCACCCUUAUUUGUGCUCAUGCUAUUAUGCCUUUUGUAGAGAAAUGGAAUUGGCUUCUGAAGCCUUGUACCUCUCAACUGAGUCAGCACCAGCCAUACCUCUUCUAGAUCGUAUUCCGUCGAUCCCUCCACCUGAUUACCAAGCCUGAUAAUAUACCCACAUUAGCUUUUUUUUUUUUUCUGCUUGUUUCUUUUGUGACAUUGUAAUGAAUUUAAUAUAAUUUAACUGAAUCAC